AUGGAUGCUGUCAUCGUACCAAGUACGGCAUCGACGCACUAUAUCGACUACCUCUUGAACCGUUGGAUACCACGAUUCGGCGUUCCUGAAGUGAUCAUUACGGAUCAGGCGAGAGGCUUCGUGAACAAAAAGACGGCUUCUCUUCACAGAAGACUUGGAAUCGAACACAUGAAAACGCCUCCGUAUUGGCCUCAGGCAAAUGGCCUCGUGGAGCGCAUGGUAGCUACAUUGAAGCAAGUUCUGAGAAAGCUUCUCAGCCAGGCACAAAGCUGGGAGCGCAUGCUUGCUGACGCCGUUUUCGCCAUCAACGUGGCAAAGUCGGAGCAAACCGGAUACAGCGCAUUCUGGCUAAUGCACGGCUACCAACCCAAGCUGCCGGGUGAACUCAACAUUGGAGCGAUCCAAAACGAUAUCGAAGAGUCCGAACGAUUGCGUGGACUAGCCGUAGCGCGCAAGGAAGCCAGAGAAAAGUUGAAGGCGAGCCAGCACUACUCGACUCUCCGCUACGAUGCGAGGCGAAAAGUUCCCAAGUUCAACGUUGGCGACAAGGUGCUGUGCGCCAUCGGGGCUCGCCGUUGGACUUUGGACCCCCGCUUCGAGGGACCGUAUGUGAUCGUCGGUUUCCGAGGAAAGAACAUCGCCCUCAUUCGGCGAGCUGCGACGUCGGGAAGCGACGCCGACAGGGCCGUCAACAUCGAACAGCUGCGUGUGUACCAUGAACGAGGUGACGACGCCGCUGAACUUGCGGACACCAGCAUCGGCCUUCAGUUGGGGCGUGGAGCUGAGGACAGCUCCAACUAA